AGGGUGAGCGAGCACGAGCCACACAGACGAGAGGGGAAAGAGAGAGAGAGAGGAGUUAAUGGAGAGAGAGAGAAGCUACAACUGCGCACAAACACAGAUUUGAUCAGUGAGUUUAACUUGCUGGUGCUGGUCAGAGUGCGGUGAAGUCUCCGCUGCGCUCCUGCAAAAUCUCUACUUGUUGAGCUGAAACACUGAAUUCUUUUUUGUUUUUUUUUUCAAAGAAGGAAGAAGUUCAGGAACUCUGCGUUGGACUGGAUUCCGUUUUUGGACGUAUUUAUUUUGGUGCAUUUGUAAUGUGGGGUGAUCGGAAGCACGCGCGGAACCUGUGGAUUUAACAUAAAUAAACGGAUUUUGGACUGAUUCUUUUCUUAUCUUGUGACUCGUACCGGUUUGCAUGAACAUUUGCUGAAGAAGAAAAAAACAACAACCCGCAAAACACACACAGAAAAAAGCAUGGAAGUAAGUGCGGAUCAGCCACGAUGGAUGAGCCAUCAUCCCGCGGUGUUGAACGAGCAGCAUCCCGGCUCACAUCACCCGGGCCUCGGCCACUCAUACAUGGACCCUUCGCAGUAUCCCCUCGCUGACGAUGUGGAUGUACUCUUUAAUAUCGAUGGACAGGGGAACCACGUCUCUCCGUACUAUGGAAACUCUGUCCGAGCCGUCCAGAGGUACCCUCCUCCUCCUCACAGUAGCCAGGUGUGCCGUCCCUCAUUACUGCACGGCUCUCUGCCCUGGCUGGAGGGGAGCAAAGGCAUCGCGCCGCACCACAGCACUUCUCCCUGGAACCUGAGCCCCUUCCCCAAGAACCCCCUGCACCACGGCUCCCCGGCAGGCCUGUCCGUCUACCCCCCGUCCUCCUCCUCCUCUCUGUCCACCGGCCACACCAGCCCGCACCUCUUCACGUUCCCCCCCACCCCUCCUAAAGACGUGUCCCCGGACCCGGGCAUAUCCACCCCCGGCUCAAGCAGCUCGGUGCGGCAGGAGGAUAAAGAGUGCAUAAAGUACCAGGUGACCCUGGCCGAGAGUAUGAAACUGGAGUCAGCUCACAGCCGGAGCGUGGCAUCAAUCGGAGCAGGGUCAUCCUCUGCCCACCACCCCAUCGCCACAUACCCAUCCUAUGUCCCCGAAUACGGCCCAGGCCUCUUCCCACCAAGUAGCCUGAUAGGUGGGUCAUCUUCUAGUUAUGGUUCCAAAACAAGACCAAAAACAAGGUCCUGUUCAGAAGGUAGAGAGUGUGUAAACUGCGGGGCCACGUCGACUCCGCUGUGGAGGCGGGACGGUACGGGUCACUAUCUGUGUAACGCCUGCGGACUCUAUCACAAGAUGAACGGGCAGAAUCGCCCUCUCAUCAAGCCCAAGCGGCGGCUGUCCGCAGCUCGACGGGCGGGGACGUCAUGCGCAAACUGUCAAACGACAACGACGACGCUGUGGCGGAGAAACGCCAACGGGGACCCGGUGUGCAACGCCUGCGGCCUCUACUACAAACUGCACAAUAUCAACCGACCUCUGACCAUGAAGAAGGAAGGCAUCCAGACCCGGAACAGGAAGAUGUCCAGCAAGUCCAAGAAGAGCAAAAAGUCCCACGACAGCAUGGACGACUUCUCCAAGAGCCUGAUGGACAAGAGCAGCUCCUUCAGCCCGGCCGCCCUCUCCCGCCACAUGUCCUCCUUCCCCCCCUUCUCGCACUCCGGCCACAUGCUGAGCACCCCGACACCCAUGCACCCUUCCUUCGCCCCCCACCACCCCUCCAGUAUGGUCACAGCUAUGGGUUAGAGACCUGCAACCCCCCCCCUCACCACUUUAACCCCCCUCGGUACCUCUGCUGACCUGCUCUCACUUCCUUUUAAAGACAAAAUGAACUUUUCCCUCGAAGCCCCUCCCCCCUCCUCUCCCUGGCGAGCUGCGGUGCCACGACGACAGCCCUCCUUUUGUCUUCGGUUGUAUCUUAUUUUUAUAAAAAUCAAAGUGUACCUCUGCGAUGUUGAACGCUUUGCAGACUUGACUUUUAACCUUUUUGGGCACACUGACCUCCGCACGAGGAAGAGUUUUUUUUUUUUUUGUUCCUCCAGCGCGGGAGAGUAAAAAACAUUUUCUCUCCCCCCCUCCUUAAAAAACCCCGCCACUGCUCUCCUCCCAGCUGAUCCACACGAUAUAAAAAGGACCUCCAUUUCUGUACAAAAAGCCAUUUUUUUCCACACAUCACCAAAAACAGACUUAAAAAAAAAAAAAGAAACUGUUACUCUCGCCCUGAAUUCCCAAACCCCGCCCUCUCUCCCUCUUCAACUCGCACCUGUGUAACAGGAACCCCCACCCGCCCCCUGCCCCCACAAGCCCCUCCCCUUUCUUCUUCACCGAGGAGAGACAGACAUUGAAUAUAUUUGUACAAAUUGUAUGAAAUACAGUACAUUUAAUGAAGACUUUUUAAUUAAGUAAGAAGAAAAAAAAAGGAAAACAUGCCCCCCGGGCAGCUAACGACGAGGAAAGGGUACGAGUCGCGGCAGGUGAAGAGGACGCCUUUUGGAGGAAAGAGAAAAAAGGGAGGAGAAAAAGAGAAAAGAGAGACUUUGAGAAGGGCAGGCCUCUGUUUUCGCCUGCGUGAAUUGCGUUGCAUUAAGUUUGCAGAGAGUCUGCAGCUCCGGCUGUUGGACGUCUCUCUUUUUUUUUUAUUUUCUUUGGAUGUGCUAUAGGUCUCGGGCAAUUGGUUUGUGUUGCACCUACACACACACACACACAUAUAAACACACACACGCACACACACACACACACACACACACACUCUCACACACACCUGAAAGACUUUCUUCCUGCCCACAGAUUAUAUGCAUUGUGAAAAAAGUUCCUGUAUUUGUUAUUUGUAUGUAUAAAAUCAGAGUACCAAAAAUACGAAAUAAACAAAGAUGUAGAAUUAUUUCUUUAUGUUAUGCAGACUGAAUGGUUGUAAAAAUUUAAUAAUAAUCACUAGUGUAAAAUAUGACUGCUUUUUUUGUUUCGUAAUUUUUUUUUUUCCCCUCUUUGAAAAUAAUAAACUAGUUUAAUCUCUGUUGACAUGUUA